AGGCCCUGACGCGUGUGCGGGGGGGUGUGCGUUCAUUUCACAGGUGCUGGCUGAGUGUCUUACAGUCUCCAGGCAUUGGGGACCCAGAGCUUAAGAACACGCUCCUUCUCCAUUCAGCGCUCACAGCCAGGAGGAUCAGUGUGAGAGGCAGCCUGGCGAGCGCAUCUGGAAAUGGCUGCAGGGAUCAGACAUGUGCAGACUGGCCUUAUUGUCGCCUGCUACCACGGCUUUGUGGACACCGUGGUGGCCUUAGCAGAGUGCCCCCACGUUGACGUCAACUGGCAGGACAACGAGGGGAACACGGCCCUGAUCACAGCCUCGCAGGCAGGGCACGCCACCAUCACCAACUACUUGUUGAACUAUUUCCCUGGCCUUGACCUGGAAAAGAGGAACGUGUUCGGACUCACAGCCCUGAUGAAAGCUGCCAUGCAGGGCCGGACGGAGUGCAUCCGAGCCCUGAUGCUGGCAGGGGCCGAUAUCCACGCCAGGGACUCCCGCCGUGGGUUGUCACCCCAGGAGUGGGCCGCCUUCACGGGUCGGCUGGAGGCGGUCCGCAUCAUGCAGAGGCUGCUGGAGCGACCCUGCCCGGAGCAGUUCGGGGACAAGUACAAACUGGAGCUGCCGUCCGUGGCCGAGGCAGUCCCGAAGCCUGCAGGCUCCAGGAACUGCUUGCAGCGGCUCACGGAGUGUGUGCGCUCUGCGCUGACCCCGCGUUCCCUGGGCCAGGGCCCGGAGGAUGGAGGCGCUCUGGACCUCAUGGUCAGGAUGACCACCAGCCUCUACAGCCCCGCUGUGGCCGUCAUCUGCCAGACCGUGUGCCCGGAGAACCCCCCUUGCGUGGGGAAAAGGCGCCUGGCGGUGCAGGAGAUCCUUGCGGCUCAGGAGGACCAGGACACCGAUGCCCAGGAAGGGGGCAAGGGAGAAGGCGCUGAGCAGCGGUUCCGGACCUUCCAGGUAUCCCAGGGCUCUGAAGAGGGCCUGCCGUCUGCCCCGCUGCCGGGGGCCCAGGCGCCCGCCCGCACCUCCUGGAAGACCAGCCUGCUGCCGCUCCCGCUGCCUUUCCUCCGGCGGAGCAGCGUGCGGCCCGGCGUGGUCAUCCCCAGGGUCCGCGUCAGCAAGGCGCCGGCGCCCACCUUCCAGCCGGAGCGGGCGUCCAGGAAGGGCAGCACCAAGGACAGCACCCACCUGCAGAUCCCCAAGUGGAGGUACAAGGAGGCCAAGGAGGAGAAGAGGAAGGCGGAGGAGGCGGAGAGGAAGCGCCAGGCAGAGGCGCAGAAGGAAAAGCGGCCGCCGCGCUGGAAGAAACGGACGUGAAGGGGCAGGUGGCGCAGGGCAGGUGCCCGGCCAGUGCCCGGCCAGUGCCCGGCCAGGGCGGCUGCGCGUUCACUGAGCCCAGCUGGGUGGCGGCGCCGCCGCGCGGACCAGGACGCACCUGCCCGGGGCCCUGUGCGCCCGGCUUUGCAGUCGCGCUGGGCGAUCUUCUGUCCGGGAAUCCAGAAAGCAUUUCUGUGUUGUGUGCUCGGGCUGGGAGCUGGGGACACCACAAAUUUAUUUGCCUAAAACCAGUUCCUUAGUGAUCAGUACACCUGGUGACAGUUCACCUGAAGUCUUCCUUUAGAGAACCUCAAUUAAGUUUUUAGACCAAUUUAUCAAAGGGCGUUUUCUGUGCAGUUUUGUAUUUUUAGUUAUUAUUUACCAAAUUUGCAGCAUUUUCUGAGUGAUGGGGCUCUUUGUAUUUCAGGCAGUUUUCAUACAUUCGUCUGAAGACCCUUUGUUUAAAUACGGUUUCUAGCAAUAAAUCUUAGUGAUACCUGCAGGAGUUCACUGCGAGCUCUGAGACUCGGCCAGUUCGCUGCUUUGGUUUUCGCCUUCCCAGCCCCUGGCAGGUGCACUGCCUGUUCUUGCUGGUUCAGCUCGCGGCGCCUGGUGUGUAUUUCUGCCUGAGGAAGGCAUGCUGGCUUUUAUGGCCAGAUGCUCAGGGACACUGAGGGGUCAGGUGCCACUGUACCUUCUUUUUACAUCUCUUGCCCAGUUGUAACAAUAACCACUCUAUUGUCCAGUUAUGAAACGGUGCGGGCAGAGACAUGUCUUUAUUGCUAGAACUAAACUCAUUUUAAGCAACGGACUUUGGAUAAAGGGAGGGACUGGAUACAAAAGGUUUAACCAAUUAAAAAUAGAGGCGAGUGGAAAAAAGCCAUCAUUUAAUAAAAUGGAGGCACGCUUAAAUGAUUGCAAGAAAUGCAAAGUUAAGUCGUAUAUGCUCUUAGAUACAUUGGGCCCAGGUGUCCUUAAAAUGUAAAAAAAAAUAAAAAAAUAAAAAAAGAUGCAGAAAGAGUAAGGCACCCGAACGCACGGGUACGCACGGCUGCGUGGGAAGGCUGACUCAUGACUGCAGACUAGCGUGGACUGUUAAGCAAACUUGUUUUAGGCAAAUUCUCCUGGAGUGCCCUGAGCCGCCCCUGUCCCCAGCCUCCAUCCCAAAGAUUCCCCUGUGUGGACAGAAUGUUCCUUUUCCCUUUGAUGAUGUCCUUGGUGUUUGGCUCAUCCUCAUGUGGACUUUGUAGGAUUCCCAAGAUGUGGGGGCUUUGGUGGGACACAUAUGUGUUUUGCCUUGGGCCCCAAAGCUGUCAGUGGGAGUUUUGUGUCCACGCUUUUAUCUCCAAAGCAGUGAGAAAUUCUAAUGAAUCCCUGGCCAUCUGGAUUAUGGAAUAUCUGUCAUAUAUGCACUUUAUUUAAGGAUUUAAUUUAAAUACCUAGAAGCUGUAGAUUUGGAGCCUCUUCAUAUAGCCCUUGGUAUGUUGUGUUAUGUGCCUGCCCGUGUCAUGCUGGGGUUGGGAGUGGCACUGGCGGUCCCCCCCCCCCACUCGGCACUGUGGGCUUCCAGCAGUCAGGAUCUCACACUUACCUCUCCGAGAUCUCAUUAGCCAGGCUGUGCCCAGGCGAGUGGGAGGUUGGCGUGACGACCAGGUGGGACAUCAGAUGGGAGCGAGUGCCUCUGUACUCCGAGAGGCGCCAAGAUGAUCACACCACGGUCUGGGCCCUUUCUGAGAACUGCUGAUUUUAGCUGGUGCGGGUCACCCUCACAGCCUAGGAGUUGGGAUUGGCCAUGUCCCCUUGGAGGAGAAAAGAGCUGUGACCAGCCCUGGCUGUCUUCGGAGGCCAUCUUUUUUCUGUCCCUGGCAUUGUAGCACCUUCUUGCUGUGUGCACGUAAUUCAUGCCAUCCGCACACUUGGCACUGGGCCACCCUCGUCUCUUGUAAGCAUGGACUCGGGCAGUGCCAAAUGGUCUUUGAUCCACAGUUCUUGGCGCGGGCCGCCACGAGAACCCCUGGCAGCUUUCAUGACUUCAGCCUCUGCCCCUCCUGGAGGUUCUCACAACUAGGGAGCUGUGCCCUAGAACCCUUCUACAGCCGCCAGGUGGCCUCGUGAGCCAGCGUCGAGAACUGCAGUCGUAGCACACAGGGAUUGGGGGCGGCCUUCAUUGCCCAUCCAGUGGCUCUUCCCGGAUGCCCAUCCUGAGCUCCCCCAAAGGGCUCACCUUGUCAGAACGUCUCGUUGUUGUAACAGCCAGUGUUAGGCCCCCUCUGCUUGCACACUUGCCAUCAGGCCUUCAGUGGAUUGUCAAGUAUUCCUGCCCGCUGUCACUGUGGGAGAUCUGCAGUGGGGCAGUAUGGAGCCCCCACUGCCACCCUGAGCUUUCUCUGCCUCUCUGUGCGUGUCUGUCUUGGCUGGCCCUCUACCUCACCACACGUAAUCUCAGAAUCUGCAGUUAAGCUUGGAACAUCAGGGGCGUUAGCAUGAUGGCAGGAAGCCUGGCUGUUUCUUCCCAUCCCAGUGGUCUGGCAGCAGUGGGCGAGUGGGCCCUUCCCCUGCAUCUUCCCCUGCAAGCACACAGGCCAGGCUAGGGCCAGCUCUUGGUGUCUGCAAAACCGCUCUGGACAUGCCCACAUUUUAAAGAAGGCUGCCCAGGCAGCAAGUGUGGCCAGGCCAGGGGCUCCUCUGGCAGAUCUGAAGGUGAGCCUCGCCCUGCCCUGCUGAGCAGAGGCUCUGUCCACCGGCCGGCACGUGCAGUGUGAGGGACUUGUAGACUCGCAGAGGCGCUUGGGCGUGGAGGGUGGAUGCAGCUCUUCUGGGGGCUUCGGUGUGGGCCUAGAGAAGCAUUCGGCUGCGAGAACCCAUGAGACCCAGGUGUAGGGAGGGUCCAGAAUGGGGUGGGAACUCUCACCAGUCCCUCUGCAAACCUGCGUGACAGCUAGGGCCUGCUUUCAUGAGCCUUUGCGUUUGGUCUUGGGGGUCUGGGCAGUCUCGGCUGCUCAUGACGAGCUGGCCCAGCCUUUUCCUCUUAGCCUUGUGUGGGCAGCCGCCAGUGGGGGCUUUUCCUCCUGUGUUCUCUUUCUCCUUGGAGGGGGCUGCCCACUCCAAAGUGGGGAGUGCGAGAUCGAGGGCAGGGUGUCAGGAGCAGUCCAGAUGCUUCUGAGGGUGGCCGUGGUGUUGUUCCUCUCUCAGGCUGGUGAGGUUGUGGGAGCAGGCGGAAGACCUGAGUGAGCCCACCCCUAUUCCCGCACUUGUCUGGCGGCAGCAAGGGGAGGAGAAGGGGGGGCUGACCUCUGCUUCUCCCUGGGAAGAGCCCAUCCUCAGGAAGAGGAGGACAGAGAGGAAGGAGAGACAGGGGAGGCUUCGUCCUGGCUGUCCUCUCUGCCCAGCUCCUUGGUUCUCUGGGGUCCUGCCACCAGCCCGUUCAGGCUGGUCUGGGAUCUGAACCCAUUACUGAAUUCACCUCUUCUGGGUAAAGGAUUUGUCAGGGAAGAAUGGCUGCUUGGUCCCCAAGGUGGAGGGUCGCACCCCUGUGUCCCUGACAGUUCAGUCUGCUGUCCAGUGAGGACGUUUUACUCCUGAGUAGUUUAUUGGCUUUGCCCAGGUACAUUUACUCACUUACUUACACCCCCGUGUCAUUCACGGAGGGGGAUGGGCAGGGCCCCCUUCUCCUGUGUAGGCGGCCACCACUGUGUUCCCUCCAGCCUUGUCCCCACAUCGUCCCUGGCCACCCCCUCUGCCUCCCCUCGUUUUCCUCUGUUGCCUUUACUUCCUUUUCCGAUCUCUCCUGUUUGGGGUAAUCCCACCAUCCUCGGCGCCACCUCCCCUGAGGGCUAAAAAGGGAAGCAAAGCAAGGGCCUCUCGAAAGGCAAGAGGACAUUCCUGCCAAGUGGUCAUCUCCUGAUGGCCCGAUCCCCAGGGGGGACUGAAGGGCCGUGGCCUCUCAGCCCUGCCCCGUCCCCCUACACACACACACGCACACACGCACCUUGUUUCUGGAAGGAGCCCUGGGUCGCCCUCCCGACUGGUGGCAGCUCAGGCCCUGCUUCCCGGGGUGCUCAGGUGUCAGUGCCAGCCCUGGCGUGUAUUAACUGUACAUAGUGAAGUUCCCGUUGACAGGUACCUUCUCAGGGAUUUAUACAUAAAUAGAGCUAGGGGGACGUGGGAGUCUGCUUGAAUCCUGUUUGGUGUUUGCACAUGUUAUGAUUCAGCUGAACAGGAGGGGCGAUUUAGAGCCGGGGCUGACGCUGCUGACUGGGGCGGGUGAGCUGCCUGGGCCUGCCCCUGGGGGAGACCCCGCUGUUGGUGAGUGGGGACUCCGGCAGCUGAAAGGCCUUGCGGGGGUGUGAAGUCGUAGUGAUCUGAGCACCCACCAUGGCUGUGAACCCUGUGCUGAGACCCCCAUCCCUGAAGCAGGGGCCAUUGGUGGAGUGCAGUCCAGUCCGAUGUGGAGAACGUGGACAGGACGAUGGCGUGUGGCCUGCUGACGUGAUUAGAGCUCCUCUGUCAGCUGCACUGGGCUUGCAGGAAGGAGCAGGCUGCUGGGGCCCCCUGCAUGGGCCCUGGCUGUGCACGAGGCCUCCCUCAAGGAGCAGGGUCCUGACGCUAGGGACCUUUCACCUGGGCAGCUCCUCCCGGCCACCUGCUCAGGAAAGUGACUGUCAGAACCGCAGUAUCAUCGUCUUCUGAGAUGGACGCUUGGAGCAGCUGGAAAGGAGACUUGUGGGUGCAGAAGGCCGGGCCAGACUACCCCCUGCCCCCUUCCCUGCUGGGGCAGUGGUCUCUACUGCACAGAUGAGGCUAUUGUGCUGACACAGAAGCCGGCGGGGGCUGGGGAGACACAUCUGUAAUGGAUGCAGAGCUAUUUCCAGGUGUGGGGAAGAAUUGCACCGUCAUGAAGAAAUGCGUGCCACCGAGGAAGCCCAGGAGCCCGACCGAGGAGUGGGUGCCGUGGGCCUGCAGCCUGCCGUGCAGCUGGAGUCCCUGCUGCCCACGCUGCUGAGAGGAGACAGACUUCUCUGCCUGUUUUUGGUGUCUGAGUCUGCCCUGCAACCGAGCCGCACCCCCGAUGUGACGCUUCCUCCCCCAGCACCCCGAGAUCAGCUGGCUCAUCCCCCAUCCCGGCACCAUGUGGUCACUCCCCUCCGCGGCAGUCAGCUGGCGGGCGCUGAGUGUACUCCUAGGCAAAUUCUCUGAACAGUGCUUUCUCUUUGACAGUAUUUAGGGCAGUGGCACUUGUCACAUGCUUCCCAGUGUUUGCUCAGGACCCUUGUCCUCCCAUGCAGGUAACUGCAGAGUCUGGAAUCCACCCUUGCACCCCUGUGGGCUCCAUCACCCUCAGCCUUCUAAGGGGAGGGAGAGCAGAAUAUUUAUCACGGAGGAGCCUUGAAACACAGCCAGGGCAUGCUGCGACAGCUCCUGGGCUGGCUGGGCUGGGGAGGUUGCUGCCCUGGUGUGGCGGGCGAGACCCUGAGUGCAGAGAACUGGAACUGCCGCCCGUCUCAGGCCUCUGGAUGCAUUUAGAACUUGUUUUAUGAAACUGUGUAGUUUCUCAUUCCUGUGCCCUGGAAUUCACACGUUUCUUCAUUAACAUUUUAAGUAAGUGGGAAAACAAUUCCUCUCUGGAGGUGUUUUUUUUUUUUUUUUU